AUGGCCUGCACGCUCGCAAUCUUCUCCUUGCUGCUGGUGCCGCUUGUUCAACCGGUGCACGCCCAGAGUGAGUCGGUUGCAGAGCAGAACGAAGCUGGGGCGUCUGGCUCGUCACCAGGCAACAUCGGUCUCCCUACCGGCGGCAUGAUUGCAUUGUGUAUUGUCGUGGGCAUAGUAGCAAUCAUCGGCGUUGCCUCGGCGAUCCUCUUCCUCAUUGCCAAAAAGCAGCAAUGGGCGAUGGGCGAGACCCUCCGGUAUUCUGCUAGACGGGUCACAGAGGCCAUCAAAACGCCUCUGACACCCAGAUUCCCCAGAUCACGGAGGGCCCCUCCACAGAGUCAAGCGAGGUCAUUCUCUCGGCCGACAACCAAAAGGCUUUCAAAGAACCGACUCAAAGAUGACAUGGAGCUUGGUCUGAAAGAGAAGGCCGUCGAAGUAACGAGUGAGGCUGGUUCCCUCGGUGCUCCGCCGAAGCCGAGAGGAUGGGGGACUCGUUUCUCGUUCGGCCGUUGA